AUGAACUCGAUCGAUCCCGCCUCGGUUCCGCCACUCAACUCUGUGCAGCAGCAGCAGCAGCAGCAGCAGCAGCAGGCUGGUAGUACCGUCAGCACGGUGCGCACCUCUCACGAAGCAGGAACCGCUACUUUUGUCUCUUCGUCACAAAAUGUCGCCUCCAGCAGUGGUGUGACGAAUCGAAGAGGCACCGGGAAAACAUCACGCACAGACGAAGACGAGGACGCAAAGAAAGCACCAGCAAGUGGCACCGGCUCCUCAUCGACCAAGAGCAAGAAGCCCCAAUCCCCAGACACAUACCCGCUCUUUGCCGGCGACAAGCCUUGGUCGCAACGUUCCUGGGCAUAUCAAUUGAUGCCCUUCCGAGGCAUGUGGUACGACCUCAGAAGACGCAAACCCUACCUCGUCAGCGACUGGCUCGAGGGCUUCGAGCCCCGAAACUGGUGGACCGUUGCCAACAGCAUUGUACGCAUGUAUUUCAUCAACCUCAUGCCCGCCAUUGCCUACGUGCUCGACAUGAACUAUCGCACCAAUGGAUCCUACGGCGUCAACGAGGUCAUUCUCGCUUCGGCACUCGCUGCCAUCGUCUUCUCCGUCUUCUCUGUCCAACCGCUCACCUUUGUCGGCGUCACCGGUCUCAUCAAUCUCGUCAAUUAUACCCAGUACGACAUUUUUGUUGGCUACUACGGUUUCGACCGGCUCAACUACCUGCGCAUCCAGGCGUGGUCGUUGAUUUGGGCAGCAGGGUUCCAUUUCGUCGUCGCCAUCUUUAAUGUGUGCGACUUUACUCGCUUCAUCACCGACAUGACCUCCGAAACGUUUGGGUUUUAUGUGGGCGUCAUCUACAUCCAGAAGGGCAUCGAGUUGCUGAUUGAAGAGUUCGAGCCACUUCCUUUGGACAAUGCGACUGGUUGGCUGUCAGUGACCAUUGCCAUGCUGUUUACCAUUUCGGUGUACUUCGUGGCUAAGGUGGGAAACACGUCGUACCUGCCUUUCAACAUUCGAAACUUGGUGGCUGGUUAUGCCUUCGCAGCCGGCUGCAUCUUUUGGACCGGGUUCAGCCACUUUCCCAAGAACUCGCUUCAGCGUCUCCACAUCGAGCGGGUGCCGAUCACCAAAGCAUUCUUCCCCACGCUCGACCGCUCGUGGUUCAUCGACUUCUGGAAUAUCGAACUCAAGUACGUCUUUGUCGGCGCACCGCUUGGCUUCCUCGUCAUGCUCCUCUUCUACUUUGACCACAACGUGAGCAGCGUCAUGGCUCAGGCACGAAACUACCCCGUGCGAAAACCAGCAGGGUUCCACUGGGACUUUUUCCUGCUCGGUAUAACCACCCUCGUUUCUGGCUUCUUGGGCCUGCCGGCUCCCAAUGGUCUGGUCCCGCAGGCCCCUGUGCAUACCGAGACGCUGUCAGUGUACAAGCAGGUCGAAAAGCCGGAUGCCGACAAACGCAUUGCACAGGAAACGUUGUCCAAACGCAAACGCAAACGCAAGAUGCGCACGGUCAAGCAGCAACAUAUUGUCAACAUGCGAGUUGUGGAGAACCGCCUUUCGCACCUCAUCAUUGGUCUGUUGACACUCGGCACGAUGACCCGACCUCUCCUCGUGGUGCUAGGCACUAUGCCCCGCGCCGUGUUCGCGGGUAUCUUCAUCCUCGUCGGCUGGGCAUCGAUUGAGGGGAACAGUAUCACCUUGCGCACCUUGGCCAUCUUCAGGGAUCGACGACUCGCCCCGCCCGACGAGCCGCUCAACACGGUCCGUCGCAGCAAGAUCGCGCUGUUUGUGGGCAUCCAGUGGCUGUUUGCGGCAAUGACCAUCGCCAUCUCGGCGACAAUUGCAGGUAUUGGUUUCCCUGUGAUCAUUACGCUGCUGAUACCCGUUAGGUACUAUCUGGUGCCCAGGUGGUUUAGUCCGCUCGAGCUCAAAAUCUUGGAUGCGCCGACUGCGGAUGCCGACGGAACACUGGCGUCGUUGGGCCACGAACCAGAACGCGUGACGGGUCGAGGGGUGGAGGUGGCUCUUGAUACCAAGAUCGCAGGGUCCUUAUACCACAAGAAGUCGCUAGACGAGGAAGAGACGGACGAUGAGGAGGGUAACGAUGGCGGAGUAGGUGGAGGCAUGAGUGAGGAAAAAUCGGCGUCGCAGUUCCGGGACGAUUAUGCGAAGCAUCAACAUUCGCGAGACGAUGAAGAAGCUCGUAUCGGCGGGGGAGGUCACACUGAAGAGGUCACUUCGGCUACCCACGAGGUUACAGAACCAGCUCGACGAGAAGUCGUGCGCACCGUUGCAGGAUUGGGAGGUCAUGAGACCGCCGAUCCCAAACGCCACGUUGCGGCUGCUUCGGAAGCUGGCGUUAUCGGAUCUGGCCUUGGCUCUGGGGCUGCAGUGGCUGCUGAGGAUGAUCGUCUCGAGGAGGCCGAACAAGCGGCUGAAGCUGACGACGCUCGAUCGGCGGCGCAACAAGAACAGAAAACAUCUGCCACCGCGAUGUCCACCGUGCAAGAAACUAAGCCGGCCUCGCAGGAGAACGACACACCAUGCGCCAGUCCACCGACAACAGCCGGCUCACACUUCGUCGAGCAGACCUCUGAGCUUCUAGAUGAGAACACGACAAAGGAACCCAAGUCGCUCAAGAAAAGGCGCUACGUUACGGUCGAGAACCCGGUCCGAGGCGCUGGCACACCUCCGCCGCCUGUCCAGUGGCGACAGGGCGACGACGCACAAGAGUAG